AUACCAACCACUGCUGGAGCUGCGUGCAGGCUCGACACCACUUCGGUCGCCCAAAUGUCAUGAGGAAGAGGUUGACCGCAGCUACCUGCGUCUCCCAUCAACGGUCGCCGUUCAUCUGGAUCUCCGACGCCCUUCUCGCAGACACUUUUACCCGAUUUUGUCACCACAAGCGACACGGGAGCAACGUCCCAGGACCCUUGGAAGCUCAGCGUCGAGCGGCCAGACGCAAGAACACCUCCCUCGCAUAUGCCAGUCAUGGCGUACCAUCAGUAGACCCUGCGCUGGUCUUCGGUGGCAGCAAGGACAUAAAUUGGUGGCAGACUCCCACGAGCCAAGAGCCUGCGAAGCACGUCGCCUUUCCUCUCUUGCAAACUUGGCUAUUUCCCAAUACCGAAAAACCCCAACAGCUGCAGGCUCCUGAAGAAUGUCACAAAGAGAUCUCACAACCGAUACAGGGUGGCCAGGUCAAACAGCUAUCCCAAUGUUGGAAUCUGUCGGACAUACGCGCAUGGUUAAAAUCAGGAAAUGUCGAUUUACGUUAUGAUACAACUACAGGCGAAGCUAUAUGGCGGCAUAUGUUGAAGGCUUCCUUUGGCGCGGAAGAAAUAGCGGAAUAUGUCAGUGACCCUGGAUUUCAUCCUCGCGGCACCUCGUUCAUCGCUCAACUUCUCCCUGCCAUGUUGGCUCUCACCUGGGACGUCUACUCCUGGAGGAUCUUACGCGACUCUAUUGCCAAGGCUGCAGAGCUCGGCUUUAUUGGUAUCGAGGACUUGCGGACCAUGCUCAAUACCAUAACCACUUCAGAAUUACUGUCUCUGCGGAAGAGAGGACAUACGACCAUCAGUGUGCAGAGAGAACGGAUCUAUUUGAUUCGGGACAUUCUACAGUCUCUGGAGCGGUCAAAAGUUCUGCGCGUGGCAGACCUCGGCCGACCCUUCUUAUCUGAGCUGUGCUCAAAGUUAGUGAAUCUCGACGUCCCGGGUCCAAGGAUGGCGCUUGCCCCUGUCCUGUUGGAGCUCAUAGCUUGGGGUGGGAGGAAUGACGCAGCAAGGGUCAGUCAAUUCAUCACAAGGUAUUUGAGGAAUCGUUGUCAGGGCACUCCGGGUCAAGAUGUCGGUGAGACAAUGGCGGAUCGGCUAAGCCAGGCUCCUGCAUGCUUUGUCCGGAUGCUUCUGCUGCAUACGGCCGAAAACUUGGUCGAAAUCGCGCGAGACAACCCUACAAAUACCUACAAAUUUCUGUUCUACCAUUGGAGUGGUGUGUUGAAAACAUUGGGCGCUACCAGGAAAAACCUCCAGCCCACAGGCAAGGACUGGACCGUCUAUCGAUCGAGCGCUGGCGGUCUCAAUGACGAUCAGCGUCUCCUGAUCUUCGCUUGGACUAUUUUGCAUCUAUCUCGGCACUGGCGGCGUUCACCUUCUGUGCCGGAUCGACUUCAGGCCCUCGACUUGUUUGGCAGGACCAUGAAAUCCAUAAUUUCCAAGCCCAACUCCAUCGAAGGAGGCUUCUUGAAACGGGCUGAGGCUGUCCUAAGGACUCUAGCUCUUCCGGACAAGUCAGUUCUACUUCGUGAGCUCAAACUCGUUGCUGCGGGAAUGUCAGCUCCCGAAGUUUCAGCGCGCUCUCAUCUCGAGGAGCGUGUGCCUUACCACUUGUCUCUCUUCCUCGACGACGAUAUCUACAAGCAUCGGGGCCGGCGUUUCAACGAGGCUUUAGCGGAGUUGGGAGAAUGUCUCAAUCACAAUCUUGUGGAAUUUCGCACCAUUUCGCGGCGUCUGAUCCAAAAGAGCGAAGCAUCUUUCGAGAUUCUCAGCCGCAUGCUCGAAUGCAAUAUCCCUAUCAAGGCCGCCUUAUCGACAACUAUCCGUCAGCGUCGGGCUGUGGAACAACGAGCACGAUUUCGAGAUCCUCUUCCCUCGGGUAGUCAAUCAACCGAGCAUCACGUUCCUGCUGCGGUCGGUUACCCCAGGAAGGUGCUCGCUCUGAUCAACCAUCUCGCCGUAUCGUUCGCGACUACACCGGUUACCAGCCCUCGGCAAGCCCUGAGGAGAGUGUACUGGUGCUUUCGCUUCUUGCACCGAUACGGCGCCCCGAUUGAGCCGAAACUCACCAAAGCACUGUGGCAUGCCGGGGUCGCGCGUAUGGCGGAGCACGGGUUCGGAGAGUACGGCACGAGCAAGGUGCUUUUGAAAUGGAUCAUGUGGCAGGUCAAGACCGUCGAAGGCGAGGAUGUUGCCAGACGGCUGCUCUGGAGCGCUGCCUUUCGAGCGGAGCGGCGUGCGGAGAUGGAGCAGCUGGCCAAGCUGACUGACGAGGUUGAUGCCACGAUUUUCAAGCAGGAAGUGCAUGCUAAGGUCCCACCGCAUCAACAGCACCACGAAGCCGGCACGCGAGCACCGCGAACGGAACGAUUUCACUUUCCAAUGACCAACGCAAACCUCACCAAGCUGUUAGAGCAGCCUAGUGAGGAAGAAACGAGCCCCCUACUGGCGGAGCUAAGCGAGGACAGCAGCGCCAUUGAUGGUGCUGUUGAUGGUGGGAAUACCCCUCCACCUCCGGAUAUAUUCAGCGGCCGCAGCAGCAAGCUGCAAGAUUUGAUGAUAUUGCAGAAGAUCCGUCACGUCAAGACUGACGAGAAGUAUACAAGACCGUUCUGGUAUGAUAAGUCGGCAAGGAGAGCUGACUGGGAGACAAGGGCUCAGAGGAGGAACGAUAAAGAAAACUUUCGACAAGGAAAGACGGGGUCGCAAGUAGGCUGGGGCGGCGAGUAGAUGUCCCUGCACAAUGCAGAGGACGCCUUAAAAGGGCUAUCUAUUACUCUAGUAUAGACUUGAGACCAGGACAUGUACAGUUUCAAACUUUGAAUCAUGACGCAU